UUUUCUCUAUGAUUCGUUUGUUGGGGUUCAUCGUUGGUUCCUCAUAUUUUCUUUUCUACAUUUUCUAGUGUUGCGUGACAGAAGUGGAUUUAACAUUAAUUUAUAAAAUAAAGAUCAUAAUAUUUUUUCUAGUUUAUCUAAAGUUUAUUACAAUAUUCAUAUAUCCGUACAUAUUUCUAUUUAAUCAUAUGAACAAAAAAUUUUCUUGCUGAUGUGAGAUUCCUGAAAUGUCAUCUUAUAUGGCAGGUGUUUUUGAUUUGGAUUUAGAUGUGGAUACAGUUCCAGUGGGAGAUUCUGACGAAGACGAUAUCAUUGAUGUCGAUGAGGUAGAUUAUGAACCAGAGUUACAUGUGAAUACUAUUGUAGAAUCAGAAGGAUCUGAAAUCACACAGUUAUCAGAAGACACUGUUAACCCUGGACAGUGUAAACGACUUGGACCUCAAGAUUUUGAACUUCGUAAGGUAUUAGGAAAAGGAGGAUAUGGAAAAGUAUUUCAAGUUCGUAAAAUUACCGGACCAGAUGCAGGCUCACAUUUUGCUAUGAAAGUACUUAAAAAAGCUUCCAUAGUCCGUAACCAAAAAGAUACUGCACACACAAAAGCUGAAAGAAAUAUAUUAGAAGCUGUCAAGCAUCCUUUUAUAGUGGAACUGGUGUAUGCAUUUCAAACAGGUGGUAAAUUAUACUUAAUAUUAGAAUAUUUGAGUGGUGGUGAGCUGUUUAUGCAUCUAGAACGUGAAGGAAUAUUUUUAGAGGACACUGCUUGCUUCUAUUUAUCAGAAAUAAUUUUGGCUCUUGAACAUCUACAUAGUCUAGGCAUUAUUUAUCGUGAUUUAAAACCAGAAAAUGUGCUUUUGGAUGCUCAAGGCCAUGUCAAACUCACAGACUUUGGUUUAUGCAAAGAACACAUUCAAGAAGGAAUUGUUACUCAUACUUUUUGUGGCACAAUCGAAUAUAUGGCACCAGAAAUCUUGACCAGGAAUGGACAUGGAAAAGCUGUUGAUUGGUGGAGUUUGGGUGCCUUGAUGUAUGAUAUGCUUAUUGGUCAGCCUCCCUUUACAGGAGACAAUCGUACAAAAACUAUAGAGAAAAUAUUAAAAGCAAAGUUAAUGUUACCUGGCUACCUCACACAAGAUGCGCGGGAUUUGAUUAGGCGUCUGAUGAAGCGUUCCGAAACACAGCGCUUAGGUGCUACUGGGGCGGCGGCUGUUCGAGGCCACGCCUUCUUCAAACACGUUCAAUGGGACGAUGUUUUUGCACGACGUCUCGAACCUCCUAUUAAACCUAGACUGACCAGUGAGGAUGAUGUCUCACAAUUUGAUACGAGGUUUACACUACAAACUCCCAUUGAUUCACCAGAUGAGUCUACUCUUAGUGAAAGUGCCAAUUUAAUGUUUCAGGGUUUCACAUACGUGGCACCGUCGGUUUUGGACGAGAUACACAAGCCGCGUAUAAUAACCGCCCGGUCGCCGCGUCGACCUCGACCGCACCAUCACACGUUCGCCAUACCCGGGUCCGCUCACGCACACUCCCACCACGCUCACGCUCACGCUCAGCAAGAGGACCUCAUGGAAGUACAAGGUCUACCGAUAAUAUAUAAUUCUUAGGGCGUGUAUCCAAAUUGCGAGGCCACUAGUUUGAGCGAGAGGCAGCCUCGCGGUGCGCUCUAUUUACGUCAACAAACGCGUAUCGACAUCGCGAGGCUGCUCGUUUGAGCAAUAAGCUUUGCGGUGUGCUCAAUUUGCAUCAACACAGUCAACACGAUCCAGCUACGACGAGUCUUCGAAGCGUCUUCCAUUUCGUAAAUGCAACUGAGCGACUCACACUGAGCACCCAUUCAUCACGGACAGACACCCGAUAAAGAGUCAGGAGUCGCGUAUGCGCGGCAUCGUUUAAAUUGGCUCACGAGGGAAACGCGUCUCCACAUCGCGAGGCUGUUUCGCGAGGUAAGCCUCGCGAAGCAGCCUCGCAAAGUGGAUACACGCCUUUAUGCAAAUUUUGAAUAUCGUAAGAGGCUUAUCUUCAAAACGUUGACACUCUUACUACAAGCAAUGUUUACAAUAAAUUUUGACACGCCUGAAAUUUUAGAUAGGGUAUAAAAAUUAAUGAGCUGUUUUGAUUAACAAUAUGUAUUUCUCAUUCUAAAAACAAUGUGUGUUCAACGUUUAAUUGAAGUAUUUGCCAUAUAUAGGAGAAAAGAAUUUGUCGUUUCAUAAUUUCUUCACAUAUAUUAUUAAUUUGUUGAUGAUAAUUAAAAAAAAAAAACUAAAUUGUCAUGAGUAGCAAUAACCUACAUGUAACUUUUACAGUAUCUUUCGUAUUCAAACAUUCUUAAUUUAAUUACUGUUCUUUCUGUCAGAUAUAUUUCAUUCAGAUAUGGGAUGUGCUCAGAAAUAAUAUGCAUAAAUCGAAUUGGUCUAUAGAACAAAAUAAAGGGUACUAAAAUUACCGAUGCGAAAAUUGGACAUUUGUGCUCAAUAUCAUUGAUUUACACGAUAAUUUUUCAAGCUAAGGGUGCAGUUCUUUUGCACCCUUGUUCUUUUUUAAUAUUAUGUUGUAUUGUACUAUGUAACUUUAAAAAACCUUACUUCCUUUAAGGAGCUGGAAUGUUGUACUUCAGCAUAUGUAUGAGUCGCUACAGCACUACGAGAUUAGGCUGCAUUUCAAUUUUAUUUCAUCUUUUUAUUUUUUUCUGUAUCCACAAAAAUUGCUAUAAACUUAUUGAAAUUAUUUAGACUGACAUAAUUACUAUUGUAUUAAUGAAAUGAUAAAUUCUUUUCUAUUCUUAUGAAUGUUAUUUAAAUCGAGUGUAUUGGCAAUGUAUGAUGGUGUGCGGAUAAUUUAUUUAUAGUUUAAUUUCGUUCUUAAUAUAUUUAGGUAUAAUCAACAGCACACGAAUCAAAUAAAUCUUCAAAAUUCUUCUCUAAUCGAUUUUGAACUUAAUUAAAAUGGCCGUUAUAUUCAAAAUCGAUGGAACAGAUUGCGAUUUUGUGCUAAUAUAAUGUACUGUUGUGUGUACAACUCUUUUAAAUUUUGUGUUCCAUACCACGUUUUAUAUGCUACAGAAGCGUUGACUUUUCCCACGAAAUUUCGAGUUCGAUUAUAUUAUAUACACUUCGUGUAUUUUAUGGUUUACAUGUGUUAAAGAGCAAUGGUGUAACGGGGGUAGUGGAAUAUUCGCUUCAAAAUUUGUUUUCCAGUCCCCCGGAUUUUACCUUAAAGUUUAUAUUAUGCUCAAAGUUUUAUUUGCAUAGGUCUAGCAUCUCAGUUAGGCUAGAUUUGAGCAAAAAAUCAUAAUCGUUUUAUUUUAAUAUGAUUUUGUCUAACGUUGAUUUUAUUUAUUUAAAUCAACGAAUCACUAUUGAUUAGACUGUCAUAAAUCAAAUAAUUUAAUUCCUAAUUUGCUCUAUGCUCUUUAAAAUACUAUGAAAUAUGUUUUAACUAGGUAUGGAAUACAAAAAUAAGUUUGUGUUAAUAUAACAAUGUAUGUUAGUUUUGGGUUAUUCAUAAUCAUAGCGAAUUAUAUAAAAUAAUUAUUUCACGUAUUCUUAUUUUAUAGAUUCAAUAAUUUUAAUUUUAGGCAAAAUUAUGUACCUCAUUUUCGUUUUGGGAAAGCAAUUGUACAAUCAUUAAAAUGGUUUAAUAAUAAGCUUACCGCGGGUGUAGAAGUGACUGAAAGUUUAUAUUUUCAGGCCUAGAUAAUUCCUAGUAGAUUGUUAUACAACAAUGAACCAUGCUGCUACAAAUAAUGCCCAUGUAUUGUAUUGGUAAAAUAAUGGUACUGUUUUAUACAACAUAUUAACUAUUAUAAAAUGUACAUUUUAUACAAGUUACCGUUUAGUCUUAAUAUUUUUUGUAGGAAUUAAACACUGUAAUAAAAUGUUCUAACCCCGACUGUAUGAGAAAAAUGAUGUUAAUUUACAAUAUACCUUGUUACCAUGCUUCAUGAAUUGAAUUAAAAGGUCAUUUUUUUAUUUUG